CACAGAGCGACCAGUUCACCGGAAACCGAAAGAAGAAGAAGAAUGGAAGUCGAUCCCAAACAAACCCGCAUGUGAUCGAGCUGCGGACCUAACACGGCGUCUCUGCGGCCUCAGUCGCUGCUUUUCCCGGGACCAUGGACGACGAACACACGGCCAGCUUCACAGAGGCGUGUAGUCAGUGCUCUGUGGUGAACUGGGGGAUUUCAGAUGAAGGUCGUUUCUACUGCAGAUCGUGUCACAACGUCAUCGAGAGAACCAAAGAGGUUGAGGACACCUACGUCGACCGCAGCUCCAUCAGAGUCUCCACCCUCAGCAGAGGAUCCAGAACCAAGAGAUCAGAGUGUGGUCGUCAGUGGAUGAUCUGUGAAGGUUUUCAGUUCAUCCUGAAGAACCAGGCCGACGCUCUGAUCGCACUCGGAGUCUCUUCUCACUUUAAAGACCAGGUGUUGUGUCAGCUGUGGAGACUUUACCUGCAGAGGAGCAGACAGGCGUUCACCAGCAACCCAGUGAGGAGCGUCGCCUUUAAAAUGCGACGCCCAGGUUCCGACUCGGAAAGCGUGGCUGAGUCUAGGGCCGCGUCCGCCAGUGAGACAGAUGGAGACACCAACUUGUCCAAUGCAGAGGACAGCAGUGAUUGGCCGCAGUUGUCGGGUUCGGCCGACGCCCUCACUUACAUUUCGUCGCCGAGGAGGCGGAGCCACAGGCUGAUGAGCAUGAAGAAGACGCUGGCGCUGAUUCACGUCGCGCUGACGUGGAGUCGUGAGUCGCUGACGCUCAGCGAUCUGCUGAGGCUGGUGAAUGAAGGUCACGUCCCGUUCGUUGACGCCUACGAUGACCUUCCUGCAGAAAUGAGACUUGCAGGCAAAGACGCUUUGAUCUUCAGAGUCGAGAGUGUCCCGUCCCAUCGGGUGGUGCACAGCGAGGCCCAAGCUCUGGUUCUUUACCUGCAGCUGAAAUCUUUUCCUCCAAUCAGCCGUCAGUGUUUGCUGCACCCGGCACUCCUCAGCCUGCGCUACCUGACCGACGCUAACCUGCCCGAUAAGCUCCACCCUUGGCUCUGCAGGCUGAUGGACUGCGCUGGUUUAACAGAUCAAACGUUCUUCACCUUUGAUCCGUUGUCGUUUCCCUUCCUGCCGCAGUUUGACGUCCAAACAGCUGCGAUCAUCAUCGUCACCAUGAAGCUCAUGUUUGGUCUGGAUGACCACACAGAGUGGGAUCUAUGUAACGUCGCUGGAGUCAAAGACGACCAUGAUCCUGAUCCUGAUCCUGAUCCAGAGGCGGAGUUUAACCUGAGGAGGUGGUACAGAGUGACGCACGCCGCUCUGACCCGAGCUCAGCAGAGCAGAGAGCGUCACGACGUCGCCAGGAAACAGUGGAAGACAAAGAAACCUCUGUUCCCAAGCAAGAGGAUGAAAGCUGUCAUGGUGAAAAGGAAACGAACAGCAGAGCUGGUCCACAGGUGUUUCCACAAACUCUCCUGUCCCUCUGUCCAGCGCCGCGGUCCGUCCACCUUCAGGUUCUGCUGGGGGGACGAGGACGGAGUGGACGGACCCAGUCUGCACCACAAGAAGCUGAGCGCCGUCCUGAGCCUAAAAGACCACGCCCUCACGCCGCUGAACACCGCCUACUGGCACCCAGCGCUGACCUCCUGUAACCCCCGUGAGUGCGUCACUCACUUCUCAGAGAUGGAGGCGGAGCUUCCGAGGUCGUUCAUGUGGCUGCUGCAGCUGUUCUCUUUCCUGCUCGACGUGAAGCCUGACUGUCUGUACGAGGCCGUGCUGAAGGUGGAGAGACGCAUCCUCGCCACCAGGCCCGGGACCAGGUCCGGGACCAGGCCCGGGACCAGGUCCGGGACCAGGUCCGGGACCAGGUCCGGGAGAGAAAGGAGAUGAAGCAGAAGCUUCAGGUGAAGCGUGUGAACGCUGGAGUUCUCUGAUCGUUUCACGUCGGUAAUGACCGCAGGUCUCAAACUUGCGGCGCACGGACCACAUCCGGGCCGGCACUUCAAUUUACAGUUAUGACUUCUGUAUGUAUAAAUGCUUUUAUUUUGAAAUCAUGUUAGAUCAUCAUCAUAAAUCAUUUCCUGGCGACUCUUUGGACGCUCUAUGGACUCUGUGGACACUCUGUAGACUCUGUAGACUCUGUGGACUCUGUGGACUCUGUGGACACUGUAGACACUGUAGACUCUGUGGACUCUGUGGACACUGUAGACUCUGUGGACACUCUGUAGACUGUAGACUCUGUGGACACUGUAGACGCUCUGUGGACUCUGUAGACUGUAGACGCUCUGUGGAUUUUGUAGACUGUAGACGCUCUGUGGACUCUGUAGACGCACUGUAGACUCUGUGGACAACAACAGACUCUUUGGACGCUCAGCUCUGAGCUCAGACACUUACAGCAAUAAAUUUAAAAAAAAAAUCUGUUUAAAGAUUUAUUUUCUUAUUCAUGUGUUUGUGUCUCACACACACACAACAAUGAUUGUGUUACUUUGAGGCUUUAUGUUCAGACUCUUUGUUCUGUGGUCGUCUGCUGCAGUGACCUGGUCUCACCUCUAGGGUUCUUUAAGGUAACUGGGCAACAAUAAAACAGAUUAUAAUCUCUCUUUCAUCUCCCAUGUGUUCACCUUUUGAAGGUGUUGCUGCUGUUGUUACUGUUGUUGAUACUGUUACUGUUGUUGCUGUUGCUGCUGCUGUAACUUUGAAGUCACUUGAGGUAAAGACAGUUUUUAGAGGACAGUAGUUGAACUCAGGACACUGGAAUAAACGAGCCACGUGUGAAUGCAGCACAAAGAGGUGAGCUGAGGUAACCACUCUCUGUAGUAUCACCAUGGCAACAGGGCCAACGCUGUGAUGUUGCCUAGCAACAGCCCUGAACGUGGCAACCACCGAAACGAAAGCACGCGACUGUCGCCUGGAGCUGAUUUAAUCCAGAGGAGAUGAAAGAGAGCAGAUUAUAAUCUGUUUUAUUGUUGCACAGUUACCUUAAAGAACCCUAGAGGUGAAAGCAGGGGCCUGUUUCAGAAAGCAGGUUUAGUGAAAACUCUUGAGUAACCCUGAGAUGAGGGAAACUCUGGUUUCACAAAGCCAGUUCAGCUUAACGCUGAGUCAGUUACCCCGACAACAUACUGCGUGAACCUAACCUGCUCGCUGGCAGGUUAGGUUCAACAAACCCUGAGUUUCUCUGUGUCUCCUCCUCCUGCUGAAGCCUCCUGCUGAGCCUGAAGCUCAUGAAGGCUCAUCAUCACUGUAGACACUCUGUACUGUAGACAUCAUGUGUCGGGUUGUGAAAUGUUCCUGUCAUAGAUCACAUCAUGAUGAAGAUUAUAGCUGACUUAUUGAAUCUCUCUGCAGACGGAAUCUUAAUGUUUGACAGCAUUUCAGUGACUGUGUUUAUAUGUACACAUGGAAAUAUAGUCAUGAAAUAGCGUUGAGCAAAAUGUUUUAAAGUAGAGUAAAAAAAAAGUGAGUAAGCUUAAACAUGGACACUUCAGGUGGACUUUAUAAUGAUAGUCCAUAAGUAAACUAUGUUUUCUCAGUUUGAUCCAUAUUCUCAUCUUCAGUUUGUGUCUCGUCAGGUAACAGCUGAAUAAAUAUAAAUCAAAUGUAACAUAAUGUUAGGACUGCAGCAUUUUAUCAUCCAUUAAUGAAAUUAAAGGCUGUUAAAUGAUGAAUGAGUGGAUUACACUGUAUAAAAUGUAACAGUGUUCAUUUAUUGACUCCUCUUCACAUAAAUGUUAUGGUCGUUGGCAUGUGUUAAUAUCUCUGCUCAACUGGAUUAAAAUGGAGGCUGUGCUCUUUGUUUA